GGGGCGGGCGAGGCGAGGGAACAAAGGCGCACGUGGCGGCCGGCGGCGCGGCCCUCCCUGCCCCCUUCUCCUUCCCCGGCGUCUCCCGGCCGGCCCCGAUUCCGCCCCACCCCGCCCCGGGGAGGAGGGCCGAGGGCGCGGGGCCCGAGGGGCAGGCCGGCCACCCAGGCGGCCGGGGGGCGGCUCCCUCUGUCGCGCCCGCCCGGUGCCAUCGGCUGCUGCCGGCGCGCUCGCCGCCCUUUCCUUCCUCGCCUGCCUCCGCCGCGCAAUGGCCCUCCGCUUCCGCGCCGCAGUCCCCGCCGUGGCCUGGGCGGCCUGGGGCCGCGCUCCUGCCGCGCUCCUGCCGGCGCUGAGCGCCCAUCGCCCGCCGCGGCGGCACUAUGCCGAUAAACGGAUCAAGGUUGCCAACCCAGUGGUGGAGAUGGAUGGCGAUGAAAUGACACGUAUCAUUUGGGCGUUCAUUAAGGAGAAGUUGAUCCUAUCCAAUGUGGAUGUUCAGCUGAAGUACUUUGACUUGGGCCUGCCCCAUCGGGACCAGACAGACGACCAGGUCACCAUCGACUCUGCACUGGCUACGCAGAAGUACAGCGUGGCUGUCAAGUGUGCCACCAUCACCCCGGAUGAGGCACGAGUGGAAGAGUUCAAGCUGAAGAAAAUGUGGAAGAGCCCGAAUGGCACUAUCAGGAAUAUCCUGGGUGGGACCGUCUUCAGAGAACCAAUCAUCUGCAAGAACAUUCCUCGCCUGGUCCCAGGUUGGACGAAGCCUAUCACCAUUGGCAGACAUGCCCAUGGCGACCAGUACAAAGCCACAGAUUUUGUUGUGGACAAGCCUGGGACGUUCAAGAUGGUUUUCACUCCCAAGGACGGCAGUGGACCCAAGGAGUGGGAGGUGUAUAACUUCCCCGGCGGGGGUGUCGGCAUGGGAAUGUACAACACCGACGAGUCCAUUUCAGGCUUUGCUCAUAGCUGCUUCCAGUACGCCAUCCAGAAAAAGUGGCCCCUUUACCUGAGCACCAAGAACACCAUCCUCAAGGGCUACGAUGGGCGCUUCAAGGACAUCUUCCAGGAGGUCUUUGACAAGCACUACAAGACCGAAUUUGACAAACUCCGGAUCUGGUACGAGCACCGGCUCAUCGAUGACAUGGUGGCCCAGGUGCUGAAGUCAGUGGGGGGCUUUGUCUGGGCUUGCAAGAAUUAUGAUGGGGAUGUCCAGUCCGACAUCUUGGCCCAAGGAUUUGGCUCGCUGGGCUUGAUGACUUCUGUCCUUGUCUGCCCGGAUGGAAAGACCAUUGAAGCAGAGGCAGCUCACGGCACAGUCACUCGCCAUUACAGGGAGCACCAGAAGGGCAACCCCACUAGCACCAACCCCAUUGCCAGCAUCUUUGCCUGGACGCGUGGCCUGGAGCACCGAGGCAAACUGGACGGCAAUCCUGAUCUCAUCAAGUUUGCUCAGACGUUGGAGAAGGUCUGUGUUGCAACCGUGGAGGGGGGGACCAUGACAAAGGACUUAGCUGGCUGCAUCCAUGGAGGACUAAGCAAUGUGAAGCUGAACGAGCACUUUGUGAACACCACUGAUUUUCUGGACGCCAUUAAGAACAACCUGGACAAAGCCCUGGGCAAGCAGUAGGCGGGGGGGGGCACUUGGAGCGUUUGCAUGGGGGGGGGCAACAGAGGAAGGCGGUUUACCUCAUUUUUAAUAGAACAAACUCUGGCUGCUCAUACCGUCAACUAGGAAAACAUUUUUGUCAUCUGUUUUCCACUGGCUGUUUUUUAGAACUGUUUUUAGCUGUCCCGAGAAUACCCUCUCCUCACCUUACUACUGCUGUGACAUGGGAACGUGGGAGGGGGGAGGGCAGGGCUGGCUGCCCCACCUUCCUGGCCGGUGAUGAAGAUGAUGGUUUUGUGCUGUAAUUUAUGUACUGUCAUUUGGGCCUUGUGGUUGCUAUUAAAACAUAGCUCUCG